UGAAUCAUUAAAUGGAAACGUGUUUUAUGAGAAAACACAACACUUAACAUUUUAAAAUUAAACACACUGAAUACGCAAACGAUGUGUCAAAAUUAUUUGUUUCUGGUUCGCAGUUUAAUCAGAACCUACAUCUUGCUUUGCUUUGAUAAAUUGCAUUCCUUGUUAUGAGCGAGUGUCAGUUACAAUCAAGAAGAGUGAGCUACGUCUUCUUGUCGUUGUUGAGGAAAUGUCAUUUCCAGCAGCAUGCAUCGCGAUGGCAGCAGCAGCAGCAGCAGACCCGCUGGUUUAUCCUGGUUUCUCCUGCCUGCUAGUGCGCUUUGUCUCGGUGCAGCUUUACUUUUUCAGUAUGUCGAUCGGGAAAUCUCCAUAACAUCGGUCCUGUUCAAGCUGUUUGCUUACUUUUCUUUUUCCCUACUCUGCAUCUUGGUUGGGACCUUUGCACUCCUGAUAAAGCAAAGUCCAACAAGAAUAACCAGAUUUGACACUCUGAAGAAAAAUAAGACACAGACGUUGGAACUGUUAUUCAUUAAAAUAAUGAGACAUCUUUCUGGGCCAGCGCUGGAGUCUCAGCAAUUAAGAAGAGUAGUGAUCUCACACAAUGUGGAUAAAGCUCUUAAAGAAGUGUUCGACUACAGCUACAGGGACUACGUGCUCUCCUGGUAUGUGGGUCUCAGCAAAGAUGAAGGACAGCUGUAUCACAUGCUAUCGGAGGACUUCUGGGAGGUAGCCAAACAGCUCAGAAACCGUCUGUCCCACAUCGACGUCGUCAGGGUGGUGUGCAUCGACACUGUCAAAAUGUUACACACCCACUUCUAUGACCUCAAAGCAGCCAACACCAGACAAGAAGAACCCCCAAAGCUGUUCCAACUGCACCCGUGUUUGAACAGCCCGGAGGAGGAGCUGCGGUUCCUGCGCUCUUGCUCGCGCCUUCUCAUGCUCUACCUCCUUCCCACCAAGGAUGUCCGCUCUCGCAGCCUCAGGGUGGUCCUGGCAGAAGUCUUUGCCACUAAAGUGCUGAAGCAGUUGGUGGAGGUGCUCAGCGACCCAGACUACAUCAAUCGGAUGCUGCUCGCCCAGCUGGAACUCAGGGAGCAGGUGAAUGAACACCACAAGAAGGCCUACACGUACGCCCCUUCCUACGAAGAGUUCAUCAAGCUCAUCAGCGGCAGCUCUGAUGUUGAAUUCCUGAAGCAACUAAGGUACCAGAUUGUUGUUGAAGUAAUUCAAGCAACUACGAUCAGCAGCUUGCCUCACUUGAAGAAGCAGAAAGAUAGCAAAGGUAAAGAGAUGGCUGCAAUGAAGGCAGAUCUGCUGAGGGCUCGUAAUAUGAAGAGGUACAUCAACCAGCUGACCGUGGCUAAGAAGCAGUGUGAGAAGCGGAUAAGGUUGCUGGGGGGCCCUGCUUAUGACCAUCAAGAGGACGGGGCUGCCGAGGAGACAGAGGCCCGCCAGAGUCCGAGGAUUCUUCACUUCAAAGAGAUCAUGUCCAACCCAAAGUUUCGGGAACAUUUCCGCAUCUACAUGGAAAGGGUUGACAAGAGAGCACUUGUUAGCUUCUGGGAGUCGGUGGAGUAUCUGAAGAAUACUAACAAGAAUGAAAUACCUCAACUUGUUGGUGAAAUCUACCAAAACUUCUUUGUGGAAAGCAGAGAAAUUCCUGUGGAAAAGGCACUUUAUAAAGAAAUCCAGCAGACACUUGUGGGUAACAAAGGAACUGGCAUUUUCACCAAGAUUCAGAGUGACGUUUACAAAACAAUGAAGGACAAGUAUUACCCGUCCUUCCUGGUGAGCGACAUGUACGAGAGACUCAUCAAGAAGGAGGAACAGCGAAGUAACUCGCAGUCCAGCUCCGAGGACAAAGAUGAGACGAGCCAUGCUUGUGAAAGCGGUGAGGAGGUGCUGGAUGAAGGUAGCAGCGGGCUUAAUGAGCAGGCCAGCUACGCUGUCAACAAGCUUCGCCUGUUAAACGAGAAGCUGGAGUACAAAAGACAAGCUCUGGGCUCCAUUCUCAAUGCGCCAAAACCUGACAGAAAGAUUGUCUCUAUGUUGAGGGAGGAGAUCAGCACUAUGGAGAAGGAGCACACUGACCUUCAGCUACACAUUUCACAUACAGAUUGGUGGUGUGAAAACCUGGGCACCUGGAGAGCCAUCAUCAAUAGCAACGAGGUUGCUGACGAGAAUGGCGAGCAAAUGCCCUGCUACUCUAUCUGUGUGCAUUUACUUGAGAGCGACGAGUCUAAAAACAAUAGCUGGACAGUUUCCAGAAGGUUGAGUGAGUUCCAAACUCUGCACAGAAAGCUCACUGAGUGUUUCCCAUCCUUGAAAAAAGCACAAUUACCCUCCCUCAGUAAGCUGCCAUUUAAAUCUGUUGACCAAAAAUUCCUGGACAAAUCCAAAAACCAACUGAACACAUUCCUGCAGAAAAUGCUUUCCGACAAGAGGCUGUGUCAGAGUGAGGCUCUGUAUGCCUUUCUCAGCCCUUCGCCACAGCACCUAAAGGUCAUCGACAUCCUGGGAAAGAAGUCCUCCUUUUCACUUUCGUCCUUCCUGGAGAGGCUGCCAGGAGAUUUCUUCUCUCACCAAGAGGAGGAGACUGAAGAUGACAUUGACUUUUCCGACUACGUAGAUGAGCUUGAUGGGAAGAAAGACCUGCUUGCUGAACCCUGUUUCAUGCUGAUUGGAGAAAUCUUUGAGCUUCGGGGAAUGUUUAAGUGGGUCAGGAAGACACUAAUUGCACUAGUUCAAAUAACGUUUGGGAGAACUAUUAACAAGCAGAUCCGUGACACAGUAAACUGGAUAUUCAGUGAGCAGAUGCUUGUGUACUACAUCAACAUUUUUCAAGAUGCCUUCUGGCCAAAUGGAAAACUGGCAGCCUUUACAAGACCCAGAACAGAAAUUCAGCGCCAGGAAACGAAGCAAAGAGCACAACAGAAGCUACUGGACAACAUCCCAGAUACUCUACAGAGCCUUGUUGGACAGCAGAAUGCCAGGCAUGGGAUCAUCAAGAUAUUUAAUGCACUGCAGGAAACGAGUGCCAACAAGCAUCUCCUAUAUGUUCUCUUGGAAUUGUUGCUUCUAGAACUUUGUCCUGAAUUGAGAGCUCAGCUUGAUCAACUCCGAACAGGCAGGGUCUAAGAAAGCACAGUAUAAGUAUACUGUCCAUUAAUUGAACAAUAUGUCUAUCUGUACCAAUAGACAUUAACUGUAUUAUCCUCUUUUUACAGAGGAAUAAACUGAGUACAUGUCAGUGUUUUUUAUUUAUUUUUCCUGUUUUAUCUGAACUACCACUAUAUGAACUGACUUGAUAAAGCAAAAUGGUAAAGAUCUGCUUAAAAUUCUUUGUUUUAAAAUUUCUCAUCUUGUUAGUUCGAAAAUUUGAUAAAGUUCAACUGCCAAUAUAUGUUGUAGGAAUCCAGGUUCUAAUUUAUUGUUAAUAGUUGUGGGCAUAUGAAUGUUGUACUCAUGUUAAACCUCCACAAAACUCUGAGCAUUCCUUACCCUUUAUUGUGUUCAUUAAAAGCUUUAUUGUGCAAUA